AGGGUGAUUUCGUAGUUUCUGCGCUGACGGGCGCGUAGUUGAGCCUGCGCAACGCAGGGGUUCUGUGCUCUACGAAGUUUCUCGGGUUGAAUCAUAGGAAUACACUGACGACAGACCGACAUUAUUCGUGACUACAUCGGGAUUUACGCUCCAAGUUCUGCCCAGUGUGGCUGUCCACCGUGUGCACUGAAGGGGACAGGCACUGGACACGAUGUCGGGGUACCCCUACGUCCGCACAGGGAGAGGAGGCGCAGGAGGAGUGCGCUUCAAGAGGAGGAAGUCCCGGUUCUCCUUCGAGGAGGUGCAGCUGAUGCUCAACGAAGUCAGGAGGAACCGCCACAUCCUCGUAGGCAAGUUUAACCGCGGCGUGUCGUCGGACGUGAAGAAGCGCACGUGGGCCGCCAUCACGGCCAGCAUCAACGAGAUCAGCGAGUGCCCGCGCGAGAUCCUGGAGAUCAUCAAGAAGUGGUCAGACCUCAAGUGCGACACCAAGCGCAAGGUGGCGGCCAUGCGCGCGUCGGGGGCCUCCUCUGCCCGCGUGGCGCGCGACCUCUCGCCCAUCGAGGCCAUGGUGCACCAGAUCCUGCAGAUGCCCAACCCGGGCGCCACAGAGCCGCACCCCUACGGCGCCCCGUUCCCGGACGACGACGGCGACGACAACGAUUCCAUGGGCCCGGUGAUGCCCAUGCGCCCGAGAGCCACCACGUCCAGCAGAACGAGGAUGCUGCUGCCCGGUCCGCCGCCGCCACAGCCCCAGCCACAGCCGCCUCCGCCACCGCCUCCGCCCGUCACUAUGGUGAUGGCUGCGCCGCUCUCUGUCAUGCCAACCAAGAACGAUCUGGGCCUGCCCACAGACAUGAUGUACACACGGAACUCCCCGCAUCCUUUGACUGACUUCCAGUUUGAGUCUCCAGAUAUGGAAGAUAGCCUGCUGAAGUACGACGACAGCCAGUCAGGGCGUGAGCGCGGUCCGGCCUUCUUGGACACCUCCGUUCCCGUGCCCCCCCCAGUCGACCUGGAGCGCCCCCGCCCUGACUCUGGCCACCGGGGCCUCAACGGCUCCUCGCUGGGCCCCUCCACCCCCUCCGCCUCGGGCUCGUCUCCGCCCACCACCGCGCCCGCCUCCUCCUCCACCCCCCGGCCGGGCUCCAGCAUGGCGGUGCCAGCGGCGGUGGCGGCGCCCUCGUUCGGGCCGGCGCCGGCCCAGCUGAGUGCCGGGCCCCUGCACGAGCAGCUGGCCCACAGCGCCACCCUGAGCCUGCAGGAGCAGCAGGCGUCCACGGCGCUCAUGGGCUCCAUCUCGCGCUCGCUGGAGACCAUGAGCGAGUCGGUGCAGCAGCUGGUGGAGACGCAGCAGGCCUUCGUGCGCGACUCCCUGCAGCUGCAGCGCGACGCCCUCCACGUGCUGCGCGACUUCACCGCCGGAGCGCUCACGCUCAUGCAGGACAAGCUCAACGGGCGCCCGCUCCUGCCCUGAGCCCUGCCGAGGCUCCCCCGGGGACGACUUCCCCUCGUCUACGUUUUUUUUUUUUUUUUCCUCGUCAAAAAUUGUUGUGGAUGAAAAGAUGCAAUCCAGUGUCAGGUUUUUUUUUUUUUUUUUUUUGCAUUGUAUUAUAAAGGAUGAAAAAGAUUUAGAAGGUACUUAACUGAGAAUGUCUGUUGUCGCGGAAACACUGGGAUAGUUCAGAGAAAUGAUUGUUCUUUUACUAGAUAUGGAUUUUUUUUUUUUUUUUUUAAAUCGCCAAAUUCACUCUCAGAUUCUGAGAUAUUUUGAAUGAUAUUUUAUUUGAGUAAUUCCUCCUUAUACGAUAUGUCUACAUCUAUCCAUCCUGUUGUUUCAUGUCACUGGUUGUGCUUUAGUUCUCAGUCGCAAACCUCACCUCGUCAUGAAAGCACAGAAAUAUAUUCAUGGACAUUUGAACAGAAAACCUAUGGACAGUAUUGAUUUUAAACAAAAAGACUGGCAGCGUGUGCGCAGUGGUUUCUGUGCAACAGAGAGGAGCAGAUAUCGCGCGCCAUUUUGACUCUAUGCAGUGGGUUUCAUUUGUAUAUUGUGGGAAGUUUAUAGGGGAAGUUGGUGAGAAGAUUAUAGAGUUCUGGAACAAGAUGAAGGCGCGUUCAUGGGAGAUUCAACCCCACAAACACUAGACUGCCGAAAGAAUUACUCAAACUUGAUUUUUAUGAAAUCUUCUAUGACAUGGACACUCAUAACUAUAUUCUCUCUGCCGUUAUGGUGUAUAUGUUGGCAGCCAGUUGCUCCCAAACAUGAAAAGUAGAUGUACAAAUGUAGCGAUACGUACAAGCACUGUACUGAGAUCAGCCGGUGAACCCUUCAGGAAUCCUGCUAUAUAACUUAUAUUUAAAUAACUAGUGGAAAUACUGUGGAUGACCUGACACAUAAGCUUUAGUGGCGUAAACUUGAGACUUGAUAUAGACUUGGCUGCGGUUGGAUGGUCAAGAAAAAUAUAUCCUGGGACCUUACCAGACCACUUUUCCUUAACCUCCAUGGAAAGCAUGAGGUCACCGGUAGAUGUGAAGGAGAAUUCAUACAGA